AUGGUCAAAGAUCUUACAUUCGACGUCCGUUACGACAACGAGCUAGCCCACGACUACUAUGGAGAUGGAAAAAAGCUAGCUGAUUAUAUGCGAAGGAUUUAUCACGAUAAGGACCUUCACUUCCCCGAUGAAUUCGAUUCCACUUUAACUACCCCUCCGAUUCAUUUCAUGUCGGUGGAGGCAUCGGACGAAGCCGAUCUUGACGAUCUGAGGAACGUAAAUGUUCCUCCGGGCUUGAACAUUGAAAUCAUGGACCUCGAUAUGAAUGGGGCAGGGCAGAUUGUAAUCAUCAAAGCCGCACGUCACUUCCGCAUCGCCAACGAGCGGGAUGUCCUCAGGAAAUAUCAGAACAGAACACCACAUCUCCGUCCCUUGAUCGACGAGAUAACCGGGCCUCGAACACCGCCCGCCAUCGUACUGAAGCAUCUUGAGAGUGAUCUGCGCACCGCUGCAGGAACCAAGAAGCUUAGCGGUAGAGAGAUCAAACAUGUCUCGAAGAGGGUUCUGGAGGCAUUGAGUGUAUUACAUGAAGAUGGCUAUCUACACACAGACCUUAAAAUGGAUAACGUCCUGGUGAACUCCACGCCACCUUCCCAGAGUACGAGUACACAACGCUUUACCGACGGCCAGCUCGCAGAUCUGGAGAGUACCGUCCAUGUCACCUCUGGGUUCUGCAAGGAUCGCGAUGAAAUCGGUACGCCCAUCUGGCGGAGCCCGGAGGCGCAGUUGGGUCUGCAAUGGGGCCCCGCCAACUGA